AAGACCAUGCAUGGCACUGCAUCGCAAAGGAAUUUAAUGCUGUUGGUCAAGUACCUAGAAACAUGAAGCAGCUAAAAUAUAAAUUUGAAAAUAUGAAAAGAUCUGCAAAGAAGGUAGCAAGUAGAGAACGUCAGGAAAUGAGACGCACAGGUGGAGGAAAUCCUCCCUCACUUCCUCCAGAUUCAGAAGAUGCUACUGAUUGGUUAAGAUCCAUUAUGUCUGGAUCUAUUGAUGGAAAUGAGGCUAUAUAUGAUGAUGACAUUAUUUCCCCAAAUUCCAUUGUUACAAUUCCCAUAAUUCACAAAGAUAAGGAUUUUGAUGAAAUUCCUCCUAUACAAAAAAAAGUGAAACUAGACACAAAUACUGAUAGUGAAAUUCAACAUGACAUGCCCAAUAUACUCAAGGAUGUUGUAGUCAACACAAUUAUUACAGAUCAAGACAAAAGUUUUGAUAAUGUUGAAAAUAUUGUCCCAGAUGAAGUUUUUGAUGCUAGUGCCCCACAUUCAUCACUAAAGAGACCAGUAGCACCACAACUAAGUCGUAUCAUAAAGAAAAACAAGGGAAGAGUGAAAAUAUCAUAA